AUAACUUGAGCCGUAGCACCGCGCUUCGCUUGUUGUAGACGGUGGAAGGAAGCGGCUAAGCUAGCUCGGUUAGCAUUGUGUGCGUUUAAAGGAUAAUUUAGUGAAGCUAUUUCUUUUUCAUCAUGGCCUACCAGCUGUACAGGAACACGACUCUGGGAAACAGCCUCCAGGAGAGUCUGGACGAGCUCAUACAGGUGACACUAGUCGGCUCUCUGAACACGUACAGGUUCUGCGACAACGUGUGGACGUUCGUCCUCAACGACGUGGAGUUCAGGGAGGUGACGGACCUCGUCAAGGUGGACAAAGUUAAGAUCGUGGCGUGUGACGGAAAGAGCGAGUCGACCCAGAACAAGAACGAUAAGUAG